AUGGCGAUUGCACUAAACAGCGGCUUCAAAAUGCCUGUAAUCGGACUGGGCGUUUGGCGAAUGGAGGGCAAAGACAUCAAAGAUCUUCUCUUCAACGCUAUUAAGAUUGGUUAUCGUCAUUUUGAUUGUGCCGCGGAUUAUAAGAAUGAAGCAGAAGUGGGGGAGGCACUUGCUGAAGCAUUUCAGACUGGACUUGUGAAGAGGGAGGAUCUGUUCAUAACAACCAAGCUUUGGAAUUCAGACCAUGGUCAUGUUGUUGAGGCCUGUAAAGAUAGUUUAAAGAAACUACAGCUAGAUUAUCUGGAUUUGUACCUUGUUCACUUCCCUAUUGCCACACGACAUACAGGUGUUGGUGCAACUGCAAGUGCUUUGGGGGAUGAUGAUGUUUUGGACAUAGACACUACGAUAUCACUGGAGACCACAUGGCAUGCUAUGGAAGACCUAGUUUCCAUUGGUUUAGCUCGAAGCAUAGGGAUCAGCAACUAUGACAUUUUUCUAACCAGAGACUGCUUAGCCUAUGCGAAAGUGAAGCCUGCUGUGAAUCAGAUCGAAACACAUCCUUAUUUCCAACGCGAUUCUCUUGUCAAAUUCUGUCAGAAGCAUGGUAUUUGUGUCACAGCCCACACACCUCUUGGAGGUGCUGUUGCCAACACUGAAUGGUUUGGUUCCGUAUCAUGUUUGGACGAUCCAGUUCUUAAAGGUCUUGCUGAGAAAUACAAGAAGACUGUGGCUCAGAUUGUUAUUCGCUGGGGUAUUCAACGUAACACGGUUGUUAUCCCGAAGUCAUCAAAGCUUGAGAGAUUAGAAGAGAAUUUUCAUGUGUUCGACUUCGAGCUGGCAAAAGACGACAUGGACCUUAUCAAAACUAUGGACCGUAAAUAUCGGACAAAUCAACCUGCCAAGUUCUGGGGCAUAGAUUUGUACGCAUGA